CAGCAAAUCCAAGCUCUUUCUACUACUUAUUCUUACUUUCGCGUCAACUUAACUCACAAUUGUCAGUUAUAACAGUUAGUUGUUUAAAUUUAUUCAUUGUUCAAUUCUACUCCCAUUUAAAUAAUUCAAAAUGGUAAAAGCUGUCUGUGUUCUUAAAGGAGAUGCUGCUGUCACCGGCGUUGUUCAUUUAGAACAAGAGGGUGAUGGUCCAACCAAAAUUAAAGGCGAAAUCACCGGAUUAAAACCAGGUCAACAUGGAUUCCACAUUCAUGAAUUUGGUGAUAACACUAACGGUUGUAUUUCUGCCGGAGCCCAUUUCAAUCCACAUAAAAAAGAACACGGUGCUCCUACGGAUACUAUCCGCCAUAUUGGUGAUUUAGGUAAUGUUGAAGCUGAUGCUUCAGGCAAAGCUGCCUUUGAUCUGUCAGAUUCAUUGGUUAGUCUUACUGGUCCAUUAUCAGUUAUUGGUCGUUCUAUUGUUGUUCAUGUUGAUCAAGAUGAUCUUGGACGUGGUGGACACGAGUUGAGUAAAACCACAGGUAAUGCUGGUGGUCGAUUGGCUUGUGGUGUUAUUGGUCUCUCUAAUUAGAAGGCUAUAUCUUCGUCAGCAGAUUAUUCCAAUUCUCUGAUUCCAACUCAUUUUCAGAUUUGAAUAGAUAUUAAAGCAAGUUUCCAACUAAAAGUUGAUUUGAGCAUCCUUUAUCCAAUUGAUAAUAACCUUUCAUGUAACCUUUGAAUAUUGUUGCAAAUUCAUUAGAAAUUAGAUUCAUUAAAUAAUAAUUUACUGACAUAUCUUAAA